AUGGCACCUGUGAAAAUCAGCCAUGUGGUAUCAUUUUCCUCUCAGGAUCCAAAGUAUCCUGUGGAGAACCUACUAAAUCCAGAUAAUCAGAGGGGACCUUGGCUCAGCUGUCCUCAGGACAAAAGUGGGCAACUGAAAGUUGAACUGCAACUCGAGAGAGCAGUGCCCAUUGGCUACAUUGAUGUUGGUAAUUGUGGCUGUGCUUUCCUGCAAAUUGAUGUAGGCCGUUCUUCCUGGUCCCUGGACAAACCUUUCAUCACCCUGCUCCCUGCAACCAUGCUGAUGUCCCGAGCUGAUUCAAAGCAGGGGAUGAACCGCUCAGGGGUCCGCAUGUUUAAAGAUGGUGAUUUCAUGGCACCAGCCUCAGGUGAAUCUUGGGAUCGACUUCGCCUCACCUGCUCCCAACCCUUUACAAGACAUGAGUCCUUUGGCCUGGCAUUUCUGAGGAUUCGUUCCUCUUUGGACUCCUUAGAUGAUCCCUUGAUAGGCAUCUCAGCCCCUGUGAGCUCUAGGCAGAGUCAGGGAUCUUCUGAUGCUCAGGAGUCUGGCCCCAGCCCCUGGCUGUCUAAUCCUUCCAUCCGGAGGACAUUCUUCCCAGAUCCUAAGAAGAGCACCAAGGAAAUUUCAGAGCUCAAGAACAUGCUAAAGCAGCUACAGCCAGGGCCUCUGGGACGGUCAGCCUGCAUGGUCCUUUCAGCUGUCUCCAGGACACCCCUAACUCCUGUGGAAAACCCAGGAAAUAACCACACAGAACCAAGUCAGAGUCAUCCAGAUUGCUCAGACCCCAGAUCAGAGGAGCAAGAUUCAGAGAAUGACAUGGGCAGGAUGAAGAAACAGAAGACACAGGCCCGAAGAUUUUCUUCUAAAUCUACCUCUCGGCUAAAUGAGAGGAGAACAGCCCGACAGCAUCAACCCCAAACCCAAAGUAAUGUCCAGGAUAGUGGACAGUGCCCCAUAUGUGCUGGCUCCUUCACCGUUGAGAUUCUCCCCCUUCAUGCUGCCACUUGUGGAGAGACCUCACCACCUUCUCCAGCUUCUUCCUCCUCAUCACCAUCUUCAUCCCCACCUGUAGUUAGAUUUCAUUGUGUGGCACUAACACUAGCCCUGGCCCCCAAGCCACAGCCUAACUGGACAGAGAUUGUGAACAAAAAGCUAAAGUUCCCACCUCCACUCCUGAGUGCCAUCCAGGAGGGACGGCUGGGCCUUGUGCAGCAGCUUCUUGAGGCAGAUGUAGAGGCCCCGGGUGGCAGUGGGCCCCCACGGAACGUGGAAGAGGCUGAGGACCGCUCCUGGAGGGAAGCUCUCAAUCUGGCCAUCCGCCUGGGCCAUGAGACCAUCACUGAUGUGCUAUUGGCCAAUGUCAAGUUUGACUUUCGGCAGAUCCACGAAGCACUGCUAGUGGCAGUGGAUACAAACCAACCAGCAGUGGUACGUCGCCUUCUGGCCCGGCUGGAACGGGAAAAGGGCCGCAAAGUAGACACCAGGUCUUUCUCACUGGCUUUCUUUGACUCCUCAAUUGAUGGCUCUCGUUUUGCACCUGGGGUCACUCCACUCACCCUGGCCUGUCAGAAGGACCUGUAUGAGAUUGCUCAGUUGCUCAUGGAUCAAGGUCACACCAUUGCACGGCCCCACCCAGUCUCUUGUGCCUGCCUUGAGUGUGGUAAUGCCCGCCGCUACGACCUACUGAAGUUCUCAUUGUCCCGCAUCAACACCUACCGGGGCAUUGCCAGCAGGGCCCAUCUGUCACUGGCCAGUGAGGAUGCCAUGCUGGCUGCUUUCCAGCUCAGCCGCGAGCUCAGACGCCUUGCACGUAAGGAGCCUGAGUUUAAGCCUGAGUACAUUGCCCUGGAGUCCCUGAGCCAGGACUACGGCUUCGAACUGCUGGGCAUGUGCCGGAACCAGAGCGAGGUCACUGCAGUGCUCAAUGACCUGGGUGAGGACAGCGAGACUGAGGCUGAGGGCCUAGGCCAGGCCUUUGAAGAAGGCAUCCCCAACCUGGCGCGGCUGCGACUGGCUGUCAACUACAAUCAGAAGCGGUUUGUAGCACACCCCAUCUGCCAGCAAGUCCUGUCCUCCAUCUGGUGUGGGAAGCUGGCUGGUUGGCGAGGAAGCACCACCAUCUGGAAACUCUUUGUCUCCUUCCUCAUCUUCCUCACCAUGCCCUUCCUCUGCAUUGGCUACUGGCUGGCACCCAAGUCCCAGCUGGGCCGCCUCCUGAAGGUCCCAGUACUGAAGUUCCUGCUGCACUCUGCUUCCUAUCUGUGGUUCCUCAUCUUCCUGCUCGGAGAGUCCCUGGUCAUGGAGAGACAGCUCAGUACCUUUCGUGGUCGCAGCCAGAGUGUCUGGGAAACUUCACUACACAUGGUUUGGGUCACAGGCUUCCUCUGGUUCGAGUGCAAGGAGGUGUGGAUUGAGGGGCUGCGCAGUUACCUCCUGGACUGGUGGAAUUUCCUGGAUGUCGUCAUCCUGUCUCUCUACCUGGCAGCCUUUGCACUGCGCCUCCUCCUGGCUGGACUUGCCCACAUGCACUGUCAGGGCGCCCCAGAUGGGACUACCUGCCACUACUUCACUACUGCUGAGAGAAGUGAGUGGCGCACUGAAGAUCCCCAGUUCCUGGCUGAAGUGCUCUUUGCUGUCACCAGUAUGCUCAGCUUCACCCGACUGGCCUACAUCCUGCCUGCCCAUGAGUCUCUGGGCACUCUGCAGAUAUCCAUUGGCAAGAUGAUCGAUGACAUGAUCCGAUUCAUGUUCAUUCUUAUGAUCAUCCUAACUGCCUUCCUCUGUGGCCUCAACAAUAUCUACGUGCCCUACCAGGAGACAGAGCGGCUGGGCAAUUUCAACGAGACAUUCCAGUUUCUGUUUUGGACCAUGUUUGGCAUGGAGGAGCACAGCGUGGUAGACAUGCCUCAAUUUCUGGUGCCUGAAUUUGUGGGCCGGGCCCUCUAUGGCAUCUUUACCAUCGUCAUGGUCAUUGUACUACUCAACAUGCUCAUUGCCAUGAUCACUAACUCCUUCCAGAAGAUUGAGGAUGAUGCUGAUGUGGAGUGGAAGUUUGCUCGCUCCAAGCUCUACCUGUCCUACUUCCGAGAGGGCCUGACACUGCCUGUGCCCUUCAACAUCCUUCCCUCCCCCAAGUCCAUCUUUUACCUUCUCAGGAGAAUUUUCUGGUUCAUUUGCUGCUGCUGCUCCUGCUGCAAAACUAAGAAGCCAGACUAUCCCCCAAUCCCCACCUUUGCCAAUCCUGGGGCAGGUACUGGGUCUGCAGAAGCAGAGAAAGGAUCAUAUCGACUUCGUGUCAUCAAGGCCCUGGUCCAGCGCUAUAUAGAGACUGCCCGACGAGAGUUUGAGGAGACUCGUCGGAAAGACCUGGGCAACAGGCUGACGGAGCUGACCAAGACCGUGUCUCGACUGCAAAAUGAGGUAGCUGGUGUGCGCCGGACUCUCGUGGAAAGAGGGGCACCUCGACCCCCUGAUGGUGCCAGCAUCCUAAGUCGCUACAUCACCCGAGUGCGUAACAGCUUCCAGAACCUGGGGCCCCCCAUCCCUGAGGCCCCAGAGCUGACAAUGCCCGGGACUGUGGAAACCCAAAUACCUUCCAGAACUGGGCCUCAGGAUGCUGGAAGGGCUAGGACUCUGGCUUCUGGAGAGCCUGGCCCUUCCUCUCCAACACACGUGCUAGUGCAUAGGGAGCAGGAGGCAGAGGAGACCAGGGACCUGUCCCAGGAGGAGGGUGUGGGGAUCAUGAGGGAAUCCUAG